UAACCUCUGAAAAGAACAAGACCUUUACACGAGCUGAAAGUUUACCUGACAUGCUGUUAAAAACCAGCUUUGAGGAGUUUACACCUGAUAUCACUGCUGAUGAAAGCGAUGAAACCUACAGGUUCCAGUGCUCCUGCCCAGGCCUGUACCAGUGCAGUGUGACCGGCCUGGUGUUCCACAUGGAGGGAGAAGGGGACGUGGUUUACAGGAUUGUACCUUGGAACAAGAAGCUACUGGCCCAGCAUCACAAGAAGCCUGCAGGACCCCUGUUUGACAUCAAAUGUCUGCAGCAGUCGGUGUGUCAGCUUCAUCUCCCACACUGUGAGAUCCGCUCCACAGGUGGAUGUGAUUUCUUGUCAGUUGCUCAUGUGAACGAUGAGGGCAUUGAGUUAAUCAGCCCUCAUAGGAUAACAGAAACUCAUGUUAUUAUAAACAUCACAGGGUUUUAUGGUUUCGGUAAUGUCAAGGAUGAAUAUUCACCACCUGACCUGGUCCGAGCGCUGGUUCUGCUGUUCUACAGGCCCCCAGCUGAUCCUGAAUCCCUCCUCAAUGUGUUGUUGCUACCGAGGAACAUUGUUCUCCAGGAUGUGCAGCGCAUCCGGAAGAAGUUAGUUGGAGAUGAGAACUACAUAGAGACAUCCCCACACUGUAAACUGCACCCACAGCAGGAAUACUCUCUGUCCACUUGUCCUGAAGACGACUCGGUUCUAGUUCAACCAACAGAAGCAGAGUUUGACUGUGACAACUAUGACAACUUCUUCCCAUCAUUCUAGGUGAGCUUAGAAACACUAAUGAAACACAUUAAGCUGUUUUUGAGGGACACCAACAGCUCCCACAGUGUCUGGGAAAGGGAGGUUAGUCUUUCCCCCACUGGAGUAAGAAGGUCCUGUGGGCCGAGCGCUGUGAAUCUCCGUCCUAAUGACAGGCUGUUGGAGAUACGGAGCAGCUUCAUCGAUGGGAUAUCAGGACCUGUUCUCAAAAGUCUGCUGGACAAACUGUUGGAGAAAAAGGUGAUGGCUGAUUCUGAGAGGGAGUCAGUUGACUCGAUGAAAAACACAAGAGACAAAGCUCGUUUUGUUGUCGACACAGUGAGGAAGAAAGGUGAAACUGCUAGUUCAGAGAUCAUUGAGUUCCUCUGUGAGGCCGACCCGUUUCUCUGUGAACAUCUUGGGUUGAUCUGAAGCUAAAUGAACAGGUGAUGCAUUCAGUUUAAGAGUAUUUUCUGCAAGAGACCAUGAACACAAUAGCCCAGUUUCUUCAUAAAAGUGUAUUUGUAUCUGAUCAAAUGUUAAAAUAUAAGAGCUAAAUAGUAGGCCUCUAAUAGUGCAGCUGGUUAGUUAAAUUGGGUUUCCGGUUGUUGAUGAUGCUGUGUGAAUUACUUUUUCUUUGGGGAAUCUCCCUGAGCUGUUUUUACAGACUGAACAUGAGAGGAAACUGUGAGGAUGUUUAGAGCCACCUGCUGGCUGACAUGAGUUACUGUAAACUGUUGAUGCCAUUUUAUUUUACAGGAUGUUGGAGAUUAAGUAACUCUUGUUCACAAAACUUCCAUUUGGUGGCUCCUCUGGAGCUUCUGAUUGUAUCAAACAAGUUCCUCAGCUGAUGAGAGUUUGUCCAAUUGCCAUUGAAAUGUAAAUGUCCAUUUCCUUAAGUCCUUUAAAUGGAUAGUCCAGUUCUCUUCAAAGCCACCAGACUCCUUGUGACUGCUUUGUGUUGUAAACUCAGUGUCUCUAUGGUGUCUGGUAAUUCCACCACACAGAUCCUGUGAGACACAAUGAUUUAAGUCAUUAUCCUACACUUCUUAAGGCUCCACCUGCAAAGAAACUGAUGUUAUGAAAAGGUGCAUGUAUAGAUUUAGAGCACUUGUUUUCCCAAAAGUCGUUACCUUCCAUAUUGUAUUGUGUGAGUAAUCCUUUUUAUUCUUCUUCUGUAAUUUGACUCUGGAGGAUCAACACUGUCAGCCUGAACCAAACAGUCAACUAUAACUGGUGAAGUAUCACCAUCUACUGGACAUUUGAUGUAUAAAUUCCUAAAGAGCUCAUUUAUCAAGGAAAAUAACAAUGUUGUGUACAAUGCACUGCUUUAAUGUUUUGUAAUUCAUUUUAUGUCUUAAUCUUGUAAAUCAGAAGUAGUUUUUUUACGUGUAAAUGUACUUAUUGUCCCUCCAGCACUGAUAUUACCAACAUACUUUUAUGUCUGUCUUUGUUAACAGAAAACACUGGAGAUGUAAGGAGAUAUUCUGGUGUAAGAUUUUGGGUUAUAUUUUGUAUUUUAUCAUUUUUGCUUACAACUGUGUAUUAGAUGAAUGAUUAUGUUACAUUUCAGUCUAAACAUUUAAAGCCUAUUUAAUAUUAAACCUCUCUGUUAAUAUAAAUUCAAAAUCAUGUUU